AUGGGGAGAUGCUGCUACCACCUGAAGGACCGAUUCGGAAACCUUGUUUCAGGUUUUUACGAGUUUGAUGCUGAUGUGGUGGAGAAAGAGACCGGAAAUUUCUUGCUAACGCUUUCUGACAUGGAGCACAAUAAGAGCAUCUCUGGUAUGCCGUAUGAGUAUACAGUGUAUAUAGGUUAUUGUGAUGGAUCAAGAAGUAUAGUGAACGGUUCAGGGAUCAAUGCUUCUGUUGCUGGGGAGGCUCUUGGCUUCUCUAUUUACUUGAAAGAUGCUUAUGGUUAUCCCUCAUCAGUCCUAGUGAAUAGACUUCAGGUCCGAAUUAUACUAGAGACUGAUUCGUCGUCUAUUCUUCCAACCAUACAGCCGAGAGAGAGCCUUAACCGUACAAGAUAUGGGGAACUACGGGUGCUUCCUUGA